GCUAGCAACUGCAGACAGGCAUCACCUUCAGUACAGCGAAGAUUACUGGAAUAAUCAAAUUUGCUCUAUCCGCUCGGCUAUUCCAAGCAACUAUAUCGAGGCUAACAUAGAAUUCGCCCGAAAUGAAGCUAAAUAGCUUCCUGCUGCCAGCCCUGGCUGGCGUCGCUACCGCCGUUGAUUCGGCACCACAACAAGCUGAAGUGUUCAUGCUUAGAGCCCCGAAGCAGACAACAUCCAAUCCGCCAACAAUACCAAACUCUCUCGCCGAAGCCAUCCUCCUUCAGCGCCUAAGCACGCCCGAUAAGCCAUCUACUCUUGGCCAGCUGCCUGAAUCAUUAGACGGAGAUGAGGCGAUAUCAUAUAUCAACCAGUUCGGGAAGCCGCCACGGCCCCUGUUCGACGUUUCAGACGCCAAUGAACCAAAGCAGCUGGUCAUUGCCUUCUCAGGCAUCACCGCAAAACAUCACGGGAACUUACUGCGCGCCAUACCUGACGUGCCACUUGUCUUCACAACCUCCGGCCUUGGCCCAUUGCCCGCCAAGGUCACCUCAAAAUGUACCUUUGGGCAGUCCGUCGACCCUAAAGAGGGCGGAUCCAGCAAAUGUUGGAGCGGAAACACACAAUAUCUGCAUUAUGAUCUGAAGAAGGACAGCACAAUCAUUGGCAAGCUCUCUAAUCAGCAACACGCGCUGAAAGAGCACGCGAACGCAGGUCUGAUGGAGACGACAUUCGUCUUCCUCGACACCGACUCGACCACGAGCAACGAUAACCUCCACCGUCGCCAGCUGCAAUCCCAGAAGGAGACGAAGAAUGACGGACUGGACGCGUCCUUCGUGGAGAGCACACACGGCAAGACUUUCAACGCCCUCGCUGGCCGUCCCACGCCGGUCCCCAACUGCUUCACGUCCCAGAGCGCCUGCGAGAACGCCACGAACUCGUGCUUCGGCCACGGCGAGUGCGUCAACCGCUGGGGCAAGGACGACACGGACAAGACGUGCUUCUUCUGCCACUGCGGGACGACGGUGGACACGGAUUCCAAGGGCAAGAAACACGUGUAUCGCUGGGGCGGCGGCAUGUGUCAAAAGCGCGACAUCAGCACGCCCUUCUGGCUCUUCGCCGGCGUUACCAUUGCCCUCGUCGCCACGAUCGCCUUCUCCAUCGGUCUCCUGUUCAGCGUCGGCGAGGAGAAGCUACCUGGUGUUAUCGGCGCUGGUGUAUCGAGGUCCAAGUAAAGGAAGGAGGAGCGAAUACAUUUUGAAUUAUAUCUCUAUCUAUCUACCGCUGGGUUAGUAGAACUCCCUAGGCCCUUCGCAGAAGAUAUAUAUCAGUCCUGGACGAUAGUUUCGAGGCAAAUAGCCAGCCCUUGACGGCCUGGGCUAGUGUAGUAAGUAACAGAAACGCGCUUGGUCGGAAUAGCAGUAAUAUUUGUUUGUAUCAACUAUGUACCGAUACAGGAGAGGUGGUUACAGCAUCCAUCACUGGUAAUCUUUCUCUCAUUCACCCGUACCGUACAUAUACGGGUCAGGUCAGGUCAGGGCAUCAUUUCCGUUUUAUUCAUAUCAAAAUAGAAAAAGAAUUCAAAAGAAGC